AUGUUUGCAUGCCAAUUGAUGUAUUCACAUUGUGUAGCUGCCGUUAGUCGCUUUCUCACAAUUGUUUAUGCAAAUAAACAUAUCUUUCGUUCAACUAGAUGUUUAUGGUGUUGUAUGGGUUCUGGUUGGUUUAUUUCGAUUCUUGUUGCUUUACCUUAUCUAUUUGUGGGUGGUUUUGCAUGUUCGAAUUCAACAGAAGCACCUUUCUUACCCUAUUACACUCUUAUUAGUACUCUUAUCUUGCCAGUUAUAAUUGUUGGCAUCUGUAACACUCGUAUUUUACUGUACGUACGUAAUUCCACUCGCCAAGUACAUACGGAAGGCAAUCGUAGUAGAGUAUCACAUGUACGGGAUGUUCGUUUACUCAAAAUAAUGAUUGGUACAUUUAUUAUUUUCUUCAUAGGAUGGGCUCCUGUCUUUUUAAUGCAAAUAUUUGGCCAGAAUAAUGUUAUUCCUUCAAUUGUUGACGCAUGUUUUCAAGUACUUCCAUCAUUGACUAUGCUGUUUGAUGUUAUUUUCUUAAUAUAUACCAAUCAACCAGUACGUCUUUUUCUUAAACAAUUAGUCAUUCGACAACCUCAACAUUUACAAAAUAGACAUGUUCGUACUGCAAUUAAACAGAAUAUUCAUACUAUUCCGAAUCAUUAA